AUGACAAUCCCCACUUCUGUGACAGACAAAAACUUUCCCAAAUCAAAGCCCAUUCAUAGUGAAUAUGAACAGCGAGUGCCUUUGGUUCUUAUUCAUGGGUUUGCCUCUGGUGUUGGGCUGUGGUGUAAAAACUUUGAUACUCUUUCUGCCUUCCGUCGUGUCUACGCGUUCGACCUGCUCGGUUUCGGUCGGAGUUCCCGACCGCCCUUUCCUAAUACCGCUGAGGAAGUGGAAAACAAAUUUGUCGAAGACAUUGAGGAGUGGAGGAAGAAUAUAAAAUUGGACAAGUUUAUUCUUCUUGGUCACAGUAUGGGUGGCUUUAUUGCUGCGUCUUACGCUCUCAGCCAUCCUGAGAGAAUUGUUCAUCUGGUUCUUAUCGAUCCAUGGGGAUUCAUUGGACAAGAAGAAAAUACCACUUCCUUCCCAAGUGGGGUUCGUGGAUGGGUCGUCAAAAGACUAGCCUCUUUUCGAGCUCUAACCACCAUGCGAAUGAUUGGACCAUUCGGUCUCAACGCCAUGCGCAAAGUCCGACAAGACUUUGGACAGGUUUAUUUCCAGACAUCUGCUUCAACGAAUGAACCUUGUGAGGUCAACGAUGACUCUCAUGAUUUUGCUCAUGUAAGCUCUUGGUCUGCUGGCAAAAAGCGAUCCGUGGCAUCCAAAAUGGGUUUCUCCAAAGCCUCCAGCUUUGACUCUCUCUCUCCCUACGAUUCAUCUGUUGUCUACAACUACAUAUACCACAUCAAUGUUCGUAAUCCUACUGGAGAGGAUGCCUUUAAAAAUAUGUCAAUGCUGGGCUGGGCAGUGCUACCGAUGCUGCCUCGAAUACGGGAUCUGAAGGCGGAUGUACCCAUUACCUUCAUCUACGGUGGACGCUCCUGGGUCGAUUUCUCUUCGGGCCUUCGUACUCGUGAUCUACGUCCCGAUUCCUACGUCGAUGUUAUGGUGAUCGAGGACGGCGGUCACCACGCCUACGCGGAGUACGCAGACGAGUUCAACAAUUACGUGAACACCAUUGCGCAUCUGGUGGAUGAGGGUCAUGUCUUUCACGCGGGUGGCGAAGAGGCGGUGCAGAUGGCGGCGGCUUCAUCUUAUCAUCCCACCUCAACUUUUAAUGAGACUAAUAGCAGUGAAGUUUCACCUUCCAAAUAA